CCCAUCAAUGAGACUUCGAGGAGGCGCGGGAGGCGGCGGCGGCGAUUGCCGACGCGGAGGAAAGCGAGGAGGCGCGGGAGGAGCCGCAGGCAGGAGUGCGGUGGGCCGCGCCGAGCUGCGCGCUGGCCGGCGGUAGGGGCUCCCCGGCCGCCCCCUGCGCGCCUUGUGAGGGCCCCUCCAGCACGCGCGGCCCACCCCGCCCUGGCCCACGGCAGCCCACGCGACCCUACGUCGGCUGAGUUAGGAUGGGGACGCGGAGCCAGCGCCCGGCGCCCAAGAGGCCACCUGCGUGCUAGAGGCAAACUUUUGUCUCUCUCGGGUUACACGCAGAAUGAUGAGCGGCUGAGAUGGAGGCACCUGCCCCUGCCACUGCCCUGGAGAAGAAAGAAAGCAAAGGUGGGAUCCUGGAGGCCAGCGCUUUCCCCGACCCCAGCAAAAAGGCAGCUCCUCUUGCUCUGGCAGCGGCUGUGGCCGCCCAAGGAGUGCCCCAGCACCUCUUGCCACCGUUCCACGCACCCUUGACCAUUGACAUGCGCCACCAGGAGGGACGUUACCAUUACGAGCCACAUUCUGUCCACGGCGUGCCCGGGCCUCCUACCGUGAGCGGCAGCCCCGUCAUCUCCGACCUCUCCUUGAUCCGACUGUCCCCACACCCCGCCGGGCCCGGCGAGUCCCCCUUUAGUGCACCCCACGCAUACAUGAAUCCCCACGUGGAGCACUACCUCCGUUCUGUUCACAGCAGUCCCACGCUCUCCAUGAUCUCCGCGGCGAGGGGCCUCAGCCCUGCAGAUGUGGCCCACGAGCACCUGAAAGAAAGAGGGCUGUUUGGCCUCCCCGCCCCUGGUGCCAACCCCUCUGACUAUUACCAUCAGAUGACCCUCAUGGCUGGCCACCCCGCACCCUAUGGGGAUCUACUCCCACAGACCGGGCCUGCAGCCGGCACACCCCAUCUCCAUGACUACCUCAAUCCAGUGGAGGUGUCGCGCUUCUCCAGCCCACGCCUGACCCCCCGUCUGAGCCGCAAGCGGGCACUGUCCAUCUCCCCAUUAUCGGAUGCCAGUCUGGACCUGCAGCGCAUGAUCCGGACCUCGCCCAACUCACUGGUGGCCUACAUCAACAACUCACGUGGCAGCUCGGCAGCCAGCGGUUCCUAUGGGCACCUGUCAGCCGGAACGCUCAGCCCAGCCUUUACCUUCCCACACCCCAUCAACCCAGUGGCCUACCAGCAGAUCCUGAGCCAGCAGCGGGGUCUGGGCUCAGCCUUCGGACAUACGCCACCCCUGCUCCAGCCCUCACCCACCUUCCUGGCCCAGCAGCCCCUGGCCCUCACUUCCAUCAACGCCACUCCAUCCCAGCUCAGCAGCAGCAACUGUGUGAGCGACAGCAGCCAGAACAAGCAGAACAGCGAGUCAGCCGUGAGCAGCACUGUCCACCCCAUUGCCAUUCACAAGCGCAGCAAGGUCAAAUCCGAAACAGAGGGCCUGCGGCCAGCUUCGCCGCUGGUGCUGACACAGGAGCAGCUGGCUGACCUCAAAGAAGACCUGGACAGGGAUGAGUGCAAACAGGAGGCCGAGGUGGUCAUCUACGAGACCAACUGCCAUUGGGAAGACUGCACCAAGGAGUAUGACACCCAGGAACAGCUGGUGCACCACAUCAACAACGAGCAUAUCCAUGGCGAGAAGAAGGAGUUCGUCUGCCGCUGGCAGGCCUGCACGCGGGAGCAGAAGCCCUUCAAGGCACAGUACAUGCUGGUGGUACACAUGCGGCGGCACACGGGUGAGAAGCCACACAAGUGCACGUUUGAGGGCUGCUCCAAGGCCUAUUCUCGUCUGGAGAACCUGAAGACGCACCUGAGAUCCCACACCGGGGAGAAGCCUUAUGUGUGUGAGCACGAGGGCUGCAACAAGGCCUUCUCCAACGCCUCGGACCGUGCCAAGCAUCAGAAUCGCACCCAUUCUAACGAGAAACCCUACAUCUGCAAGAUCCCGGGCUGCACCAAGAGGUACACGGACCCCAGCUCUCUGCGCAAGCAUGUGAAAACAGUCCACGGCCCCGACGCUCACGUCACCAAGAAGCAGCGCAAUGACGUGCACCUCCGCACCCCACUACUCAAGGAGAUUGGGGACAAUGAGGCCAAUGGUGGCAGUGGUGAGCCAGGCAGCCGUGGGCCCGAGGAGAGCGCUGAAGCCAGCAGCAGCAGCCAGGCCGUGGAGGACUGCCUACAUGGCAGAGCUAUCAAGACUGAGGGCCCUGGGCUGUGUCAGGCCAGCCCCGGGGCCCGGUCAUCCUGUAGCAGCGAGCCCUCUCCCCUGGGCAGUGCCCCCAACAAUGACAGCGGCGUGGAGCUGCCGGGGCCGGGGCCCGGGAGCCUGGGAGAUCUGACCGCACUGGAUAACACACUCCUCGGGGCUGACACCACGGCCCUGGCGGCCCCCACCUCCGCCACCACCGUGGGCAGCAGCCUGCAGCUGCGCAAACACAUCACCACCAUGCACCGUUUGGAGCAGCUCAAGCAGGAGAAGCUCAAGUCGCUCAAGGACUCCUGCUCCUGGGCCGGGCCUGCCCCACACACCCGGAACACAAAGUUGCCUCCCCUGCCCGGAAAUGGCUCCAUUCUCGAUAACUACGGCGACGGUGGGGGCGGGGUGCCGGCCGGGCUGCUGUCCAGCUCACGGCAGCCCGAGCCAGGAGCCAGCGAGGUGACCAUGCUGAGCCAGCUGCAGGAGCGCCGUGACAGCUCCACCAGCACCGUCAGCUCAGCCUACACAGUGAGCCGCCGCUCCUCCGGCAUCUCCCCUUACUUCUCCAGUCGACGUUCCAGCGAGGCUUCACCACUGGGUGCCGGCAGGCCGCACCACGCCAGCUCCUCCGCUGACUCUUACGACCCCAUUUCCACUGACGCAUCGCGACGUUCCAGCGAGGCUAGCCAGUGCAGCGGGGCCGGCUCGGGGCUACUCAACCUCACGCCAGCCCAGCAAUAUAGCCUGCGUGCCAGGUACGCCGCGGCCACAGGAGGACCACCGCCCACGCCGCUGCCGGGCCUGGAGCGCAUGAACCUGCGCACGCGGCUGGCGCUGCUGGACGGCCCUGAGCGCGCACUGCCCGCCACCUGCCCGCGCCUGCUGGCGCCGCGGCGUGGCAGUGAUGGACCAGCCUACGGCGGCCAUGGCCAAGGUCCCAUGGGGGCUGCACCCACCUUUCCCCACGAGGUCCCCGGUGCCACCACCCGCCGGGCCAGCGACCCAGUGAGACGGCCCCUGGAUGCUCUGACCCUGCCGCGGGUGCAGCGCUUCCACAGCGCCCACAACGUAAACCCCGGGCCACUGCCUCCCUGCGCUGAGCGGCGAGGCCUCCGCCUGCCAAGCCACCCGAGCACCACCACAGACGGUAACCUAGCCCACAGCGCCUACUCCCCUCGGCCGCCUAGCAUCAGUGAGAACGUGGUGAUGGAGGCCAUGGCCUCGGGGGCGAACGGCACUGCUCCCGAGUCUGACAUGGGGCUGCCAGAGGAUGACCUGGUACUACCGGAUGACGUGGUACAGUACAUCAAGGCGCGCACCAGGGGCACUCUGGAGGCCAGCUCCAGGCAGGUGCAUCCUUCAGAAAGCCCUGGCUUCUCUCAGAGCCCCAAGCUGCCCAGCCCCGGACUGCACAGCCAACCCAGGCUAAUGGCUGCAGACUCCAAUGUGGGCCCUUCAGCCACUGGGCUAGGAGGCUGCCAGCUAGGCUACGGGACCCCCUCCAGCCUGAACAAAAACAGCAUGCCUGUACAGUGGAACGAAGUUAGCUCAGGCACCAUGGACACCCUGGCCCACCAAGCCAAGCCUCCUCCCUACCCACCCAACAACCUGGCCAUAGUGCCGCAAAAGGCAGCCCUUGGCCAAUACCCAGGCUACAGCCCACAGGCCCUGCAGCCGAGGCCUGGAAACCUGGACAGCACCCAGUCGCACCUGCAGCCCCGCAGUGGUACUGGAGUGGCUGCUGCAGCCAGGGUGAACUAUAUGCAGCAGCAGCAGCUGCGACAGCCGGCCAUGGGCAAUCAGUGUGCCAACUUGACCUCCACUGGGAGUCCCCACACUGGUUAUGGCCAAGGCCACUCCCAGCAGUUCUCAUCCUGCAACAACAUGGCAGCCAAGCCAGGCCACGUGGGGCUCUCUCAACAGAUGGAAAUAGCCUCUGCAGGCCCCAUGGCACUGAGCAGCCACCACAGGGACCUUGGGGUCCCCAGUUCUUCCUUGGCUGGGAUACCACCACCUCACACAGCCCAGGGCUACCCACAGCAAAGCCAUCAUUUGGGCACGUCCAUGAACCAAGAGAGUUAUCACCAGGGCUCUAGCAGUCUCCUGCCUUCCCACCAGCCUGGUUUCAUGGAGUCCCAGCAGCUGGGUCCCAGGGGAGCAGCUGCACCCAACUUUGGCCUCCUGCAGCCCCAGCCACCCCCAGAGCCCAACCCUGCUGGCCGCCAUCGUGGAAUGCGUGCCGGGCAGCAGCAGCAACUGGCCUAUGCCAGGGCCACCAUGCCAGCCAGCCAGGAACCAGCUGAGGCAGUGCCUAAGGGAGCGAUGGGCUCAAUGCUGCCCCUGCCUCCUCAGGAUACAGGUGGAGCUCAGGACCUGCUCUACUACUAUGGCCAGAUCCACAUGUAUGAGCAGGACGGAGUCCCAGAUGGCCCCCAGCAGUCCCAACUAGCACAACCGCAGGCUUGCUCAGACAGCGUGCAGCCCCAGCCCUUGCCAUCACCAGGGGUCGACCAGGUGUCCAGCACAGUGGAUUCACAGCUCCUAGAGGCCUCCCAGAUUGACUUUGAUGCCAUCAUGGAUGACGGCGACCACUCCAGCCUGUUCUCGGGAGCCCUGAGCCCCAACCUGCUACACAACCUCUCACAGAGCUCCUCGCGUCUCACCACACCCCGCAGCUCCCUGGCCCUGCCUACCCUCCCCACGGGCUUCAGCAACAUGGCCGUAGGGGACAUGAGCUCCAUGCUGAGCAGCCUGGCUGAGGAGAGCAAGUUCCUGAACAUGAUGACGUAAGAAGUGGGGUCGUGGCUUCCCCCAGCUGCUGUGGCUUGGGGCUUCUGGCUGCACCUUCUUCUCCCACCAUAGAAGUAUUUAAGGUGGCCCAAGGGCUGUUGGCUGCACCGGGUUGUCAUGGAAGGUCUAUCACAGGCAUCCCCUCGGAUUUUUUUUUGGAUGAUUUUGAGGAUCGUGGAACAGAAAUUUCCUGCACGAAAGCAAAGGACGCAAACCUUGCUUCUCUUGGUUUCUUGUCAUUUGGGGCUCAUGAGGGAUUCCCAGGGCUUUGCUGGGACCUCAAUGCAAGGCUGAGCCUGCAGGUCAUCCCUGGAAAUUCUGCUUGAGGAAACUCUCAGUCCACCUGCAUUCUUGUAGGGAACUUGGCUCUAGAGGUGGAGGACUCUACCUGGGGAUUGAAUCCCAAAGCUCUCCCCAAUUCUGGAUUUGAUAGAGCUGGCCUCUGUUUCCCUGCCUCCCCGCUCCCCCAAGUGAAGCUGAUUUUGGGAUCCCAGUGUGCAUGGACGAGCAAACUAUGGGUAUAUAGCCAGAGCAAAGAGCAAGAAGCUGGGACCUUAGGGAGCAGGUGCAGUGGCUGCCCACCUCACUCGGUGUUUACAGCGUUCCUGCGGGAGGAAUGCAGCCCUGGCUGGACACAGUGCACUUGGUCUCCAAAUACUUUGGGGGCUCUGGCCCAGGGAUGGACUCCGGGCCUCAAGGGUGUUCUCGUGGUUCAGCCACACAAGCCACUCUGGAGGGCUGCCUGCAGGAAGAAGUCGCGUGUUUACCCACUCAUGUUUCUCCAGUGCACUAUCUGCCCACUUUGCCAAGGGAAGAACCAGGGCUUGACUGCAGCCUCAGCCCAGGUUCUUCCGGGCCCUGCUGUGUGGGCCAUCCCAGGCCACAGUACAAUUCCUA